CCAGAGCCAUUAGCGGCUCGUGGCAAACACUGCUGAAAAUAAGGUUGAAGUUCAUUUGGUUUGCUGCUGAUUGGGACCAACAAACCACUGAGUGUCACUCUAGCUUGAAGUUGAACGCUGACACAGCACUCAGACCGGCUUCUGAUGAGAGAACUGAGAAGAUUAUCCAGCAGAUCAAGGUCAGCCGAAGCUACCUAGUUGGAUUUGCAGCUUUCAGAGGGGGCAUAACCGUGACAAAACUGCUAUCGUUUGAAUUUCCAAAGUUCAGCGCCCCGGUAUUAAGAAUUGAAUUUUGCAGCUCCUAUAGGUAUCUAUUGUGUAGUUAAGGAGAAGGCAGAGGCAAAGGGAGCUAGGAGGAAUUUGGGCACCUUGUAGAAUUGAAUCAGGCAGGUCCUAACGUUGGCUGCAAUAGAAGGACAGAGCAGAAAGCAGCUCAGUUUAAGAAAGGACACAAUGGCAAGCUCAUUUGGUGGAUUCGGUGGCUUUGGUGGAAACCCGAGAAUGAUGACUUUCUACGAGAAUCGGCACAGAAGGCCGGCGGCGGUAGCAAGAUGUGAAAAAGCAGCAAGCAGUAACAGUACCACUAUUCGUGUACCUACUUCUGUGAUUGAGACGGGUGUAUCGUGGGUAACUCUUGGCAUUGGUGGCGCAUCGGUGGCAUUGAUGGCCUACGGGGCAAAUUCGUUUGUACGAGACGUGACCUUUAAGCAUGUGAAACCUCUGGAGACUGACCUGAAGAAGGUUGGCAAGGAUGUCCGCAACAUGCAGACAGAUGUCAGAAUGAUAAAGAUGCAGAUGAACCACAACCAAAAGCUCAUCCUUGAAAAGUUUCAAAACCUGGAAGUGCAAGUGAAGGACUUGUCAACGUAAAUAUUCUCAAAAAAUUUGACAAUACUUUUGACAAGAAUAACAGUAGAUAUAGCUACGUGAAGUCCUAACCCAGGCCCAACACUUCUCCAAUGACAAGAGACUUUGCUAGGUUCUUGUUCAACAUCCUCUGAAGGCAGUAGCAAAGGGAACCAGAGUUCACAUGCUAGGAUGCUGAAGGACAAGAUGUGACCAUGGAAAAGAGGACAAUUCCUAAAGACAUUCAUUUGUUUGAUAUUGAAAGAGAAAGAUUGCAUGUAUAGCUAGAUAUGAAGACUUGCAGUGCCGUGUUCUAACAAAGAACUUUCUGGUGUUUCUUCUUUUUAAACAAGCACCAAAAGG